UUGAUUCUGUAUUCACGUUGAGCGUAUAGUGUGCCGAAAUCGCGACAGUGUAGUUGGACAGUGUGUGCGCAAACUCAAGCCAGUUGCCAUUUUACUCUCUCACUCGGAGAGUCAGGAAGCAGUCUUGAUACACUGCUUUCAACUGCUAGAUGAUCAGCACUACUGCCACUGUGGGUAAAUGGAAGGCAAUGGCACGUCCAUCUUUACCAUCCUCAUUGGACUCCACAUUGCCUGGGAUAUCUCGAGAAGUGUUGUCAGUGUCCAUGGAACCAAAAUAUCAAUGCCAGCAAUGCAAAGAGAUUCUUAGGAAACCUUUCCAAGCACAGUGUGGACAUCGCUUCUGUGUGUUCUGUUUCAAACAACUCACCAGCUCAGGGCCCAUACCCUGCGAAGCCUGUCGUGCUGAGGGUAUAUUUGAAGAGGCAAUGUCUAUGCUCAAUAUUACAGUGGCAUUUCCUGAUAAUGCAGCACGAAGAGAAAUUGAUAGCUUGCCUGCCAAAUGCCCAAAUGAUGGUUGUAGUUGGUCUGGUACACUGAAAGACUAUGAGGGUCAACAUGAAGGUCGUUGUGACUUUGAACGUGUAAAAUGUGAAGCAUGCCAAGCAGUCAUCUUGCUUAGCGAGAAAGAUCGCCAUAAUGAGCGGGAAUGCGAGGCCAGAACCCUGAACUGCAAAUACUGCAAAGUCACAUUCAACUUUAAGGAAAUUAAGGCUCAUGAUGAAAUCUGUCAGAAAUUUCCCAUGCAAUGCAAAGACUGUGGUAAAAAGAAAAUCCCCAGAGAGAAGUUUCAGGAGCACACCAAAUCUUGUGCAAAGUCCAAGUCGGCAUGCCAGUUCAGUGAGAUUGGCUGCAGGGCAGUGGUUGACAAUGGUAAGCAGCAGGAGCAUGAGCAGACCAGUGUGAUGGAGCAUUUGCGUCUUAUGCUAUCUGUGCUGUCCUCUAUGCGCCUGCGAGCCGAGGGGGCUGGAGAGUGGCAGGAAGAUUCCGGGCUGGGAUUGUAUCGUGGACCUGAAGAUGCACCUCCGGCGGGACCUCAUGCAGCCGCCCAUAAUGCAGGAAGAGGAGGUGGUCCUGGUGUGCAGCAGAAAGUCACAGCUUUGGAGAACAUAGUGUGUGUGUUGAAUAGAGAGGUGGAACGCUCAGCCCUCACCCUGGAGGCACUAUCCCGGCAACAUCGGCUAGACCAGGAAAAGAUUGAGAAUUUGUCAAAUAAGGUGCGACAGCUGGAACGGACUUUAACUAUGCGAGACCUGCAGUUAGCAGAAUCUGAGCAGUCUUUGCGGGAGCUGCAGUUCUGCACAUACGAUGGAGUUUUCAUUUGGAAAAUUGCAGACUUCUCUCGACGCAGACAAGAUGCAGUUGGGGGCCGAGCACCUGCCAUGUUUUCACCUGCACCUUUCUUCUGUUCUUCAGCAUUCUACUCCAGUAAAUAUGGGUAUAAGAUGUGUCUGAGACUCUACCUGAAUGGUGAUGGCACAGGUCGGGGCACUCACCUCUCCCUGUUUUUUGUGGUCAUGAGGGGCAAAUAUGAUGCACUGCUGAAGUGGCCCUUCAGCCAGAAGGUGACAUUGAUGCUGUUGGACCAGAACAACAGAGAGCACAUCAUUGAUGCCUUUAGGCCUGAUGUAAGCUCCACAUCCUUCCAGAGACCCAUCAGUGAGAUGAACAUUGCAAGCGGUUGUCCUCUGUUCUGCCCCCUCGCCAAGCUGGCAGGCAAAAGCUCGUAUCUGAGAGAUGACACCAUAUUUAUUAAAGCCAUAGUCGACCUCACUGGCUUAUAAAGCAUUGGAAUUAUUCUUGAUAACAAUGGAUGAUAAUAUUAUUAUAUCUCAUAUCUCAGCUGCGGAAGCCAAACUAUUUAAAUGAUACAAUAUAAAGAAUAAUAUAAAUUAUAAUAGCAUAUAUUUAUUCAUUGAUUUAUUUCAGGAAAUAUUUUCAUUGAUUAUAAUAUUAAUAUGUGUAUGGAGUGGCAAUGCUCAAACAGACUUGGGCACCAAUAACUACACAAUUUUGAUAUAACUAAAUAUUUAAUAUGCACUAUAUAUAAUACAUAUUUCUAUAAUAUAUAUGUAUAGUACACAUAUUUGAACUAUACCUAUUUUCAAUUGUCUAUGUAAUAACAAAAUAUUAAUUAUGAGAUUGAGAUUUUUGUUUUGUGUAACCUAAAGCUGGCAGGAUUUUUCAUGCUGUUAAAUCUGGGAUGUUGUUAGGAUGCUAACUGCAUUUUUGAGGACAUUUUUAGGGGCAUGGUCACUUUUGCUGUAAGUAUAGUCUAUAAAUAGAUACGUAUGUCAUCAGUCUAUUUUUAUCUUAUGAACUUGACUACCUUAAUAAUAGAGCAACUUUAAUAUGCAUAAACUGUUUAUUCAUUCAUUCAGCUCAUAGAAAUGAAUCAUUGUUCCAUUUGACAAGAUCUUAUAUACAGCAUGUGCAUGAGGCUACAAUAUUUAAUAAAAUUUCACUAAAGUAAGUUAGGAAAAUGUAAGAAACCUUAGCAAGAUUGAAAGGAUGUCCAAACAUCUUGACUAACCAGUGCUUAAAUUCACUGUAGUUCUAGCCUAUUUGUAAACAUCAUCUGAUCGUAGGUCUGGCUCUUUUUGUUUGGGCUUGAGAAUUAAAUGGCUUCAAAGAAUAGAGCUGCAGACAUUUAAUCAGCUUCAAACCCUUAUAAAAGGGACCAGGCAUACUAAUAGCUCCUUUUUUUAUGUAACAUCACUAUACUUUAGGUUAGCAUGGGAUAUUUCAUCAUCUGGUGAAUUGGAUGCAAUAUAAACCCUAUUCAGUUAAAUUACAGUCCACGUUAUUUGGAUCAUUUGAAAUUAGUUGUUUUUGCUGGAAAGAAAUAGAGAAAUGAAAGAGAAAAACAUGAUUUUGUCUGAUUUUGAUAAACGAAUAAAAAUUCAGAUAUGUCUUUUUAUGUAGUUCAUUUAUCCAUUUAUAUUAGUUUGUAUUUUAUUAUUCAUAUAGCUAUUUAAUCAAGCAGUAAAAGUAAUUUUUAGUAUUUUUAGUUAGUAAUAUGCCCUUUAUUUUAUUUUACAGUACUAUAAUACAACACAUGACGUAAUCAUUUUGUUGUUGUUGUUUUUUUUUUACCUUCGAUUAUUCAUAGUGGCUGGUUUGGCAAAUUUUUGUGAAAUUUAGUUAUUCUCUCUAAUGUAUAAUUGUGUUGUGUGCUAACCAUAUAUUUGUAAAACAAAUAAAGUUCAUUUAAGUGUUCUCUAAA